AACCCUUAUAUGAUUGUAUCUCAUCUACCAGUCCAGACUCCAGCUAUUCAGCUAAACAUCUUCUUCCCAUCUCACCUCACAUGAACACAACACUUGUUCUCUCAAUCCACACUUCUUCACCAUGAUUUCAGACUCAAUCUCUUUAACCCACCCCCCUCUCCUCCCCACUCAACACAAUCCCCCAAAGCCCAUCUCAAAACACAUAGCAACAGCAGCAGCCAUCUCUCUCUCUCUCCUCACUCUCUCCGCCCUCUUCAUCUCUCUCUCUCCCAGCUCAACUCCACACUCUCCCACCCACCAAUCCAAGCUGCAGGAGACUCAAUCAGGCACGAAACUCGCACACCCAGUUGUUAUCUUGAUCUCUUCAGAUGGGUUUCGAUUUGGGUACCAACACAAAACCCCAACUCCGAACAUCAAGCGCUUGAUCGCCAAUGGGACUGAGGCUGAACCGGGUUUAAUUCCGGUCUACCCGACUUUAACAUUUCCUAAUCAUUACUCGAUUGUGACUGGGUUGUAUCCGGCGUAUCAUGGCAUUGUGAACAAUUAUUUUGUUGAUCCGGAUGAUGGGGAUGUGUUUUCGAUGUCGAGUCAUGAGCCGAAGUGGUGGCUGGGUGAGCCAUUGUGGGAGACUGUGGUGAAUCAGGGGCUUAAGGCGGCUACUUAUUUUUGGCCUGGCUCUGAGGUGCAUAAGGGCUCUUGGACUUGCCCUUCGGGUUUUUGUGCUCCGUAUAAUGAAUCUGUGGCGUUUGAUGAGCGUGUUGAUACGAUUUUGAGUUACUUUGAUUUGCCUAAAGAGGAGGUUCCGGUGUUUAUGACAUUGUAUUUUGAGGACCCUGAUCAUCAGGGGCAUCAGGUGGGGCCGGAUGAUCCUUUGAUUAGUGAGGCGGUGGGGAAUAUUGAUAGGCUGAUUGGGAGAUUGAUUAGCGGGUUGGAGGAACGAGGGGUUUUCGAGGAUGUGACGAUUAUAAUGGUUGGUGAUCAUGGAAUGGUGGGGACUUGUGAUCAGAAGUUGAUUUUUUUGGAUGAGUUGGCUCCGUGGAUUGAUAUUCCGGAGGACUGGAUACAGUAUACUAGUCCAUUGCUCGCGAUUCGCCCACAGGGGAAUGUGUUCCCUGCUGAUAUUGUGGCGAAGAUAAAUGAGGGGUUGAAGUCGGGGAAAGUGGGUAAUGGGGAGUAUUUGAAGGUAUAUCUUAAGGAGGAUUUGCCUAGUCGGCUGCAUUACUGGGAGAGUGAUCGGAUCACUCCCAUUAUUGGCUUAGUUGAUGAAGGAUAUAAAGUGGAGCUGACGAAAUCAGAAGAUAAAGAAUGUGGAGGAGCACAUGGUUAUGAUAAUGCAUUUUUCUCUAUGAGGACUAUAUUUAUUGGCCAUGGUCCUAGGUUUCCCAAGGGAGUGAAGAUCCCUUCUUUUGAGAAUAUUCAGAUAUACAAUUUGGUGACAUCGAUCCUUAAUAUAAAGGGCGCUUCUAAUAAUGGAACAUCAUCCUUCGCCAACACUGUUCUUUUACCUCACCACCAUUAGAAUCUUGUAGUUUCAGGGAUCUGGAGCCAUGGUAGGUAGAGACGGAGCUUGGUGUUAUUGAGGUAUUGAUGCUGAUACUUUGAAGGAACUAUGAGACAGCCGUUUAAACGUGUUUCAUUAUGUUUGUAAUGUUUCUUCUUGUAAUCAGUUGAUGCAGAACAUUUGAAGUAGAAGUUUAAAGCUUAGUCAACGUGUUACUAUCAUGAUAGAGGAAUCACCAUAUGGUUAUGGUGUUAUCCUGAAUAAAACUUUGAAAAUGCCAGUGGUUGGUUUUUAAUAUCAAGUUUGUGUGCAUUUUAGAUCA